AUGGUGCUUGAUUUUGAAUACGGUAUUAAUACAGGAAAUCGUUUUCUUCAAUUUGUUGAUCACGAUGAAGAACCGGAAGCAUUUAUUGCUGCUCAAAUACAAGAAGAAGACAAACAAAAAAAAUCUUCGACAAAAGAUACAAAACAACCAACAAAAAAAGUAACUAGUAAAACAACAACUUCAACAACAGCAACAACAAAAACUAAUAAAGAAAAUUUAACAACAAAAUCGACUAGUGUUGAUCAACGAAGACAACAAUCUGCUACAGUACCAGCUGUAUUUAGUGAUAAUAACAAUCAACAAACACGUACUGAUAGUGCUCGAGGCUCUCGCGGUGGUUCAAGAGGAGGUAGACCACCAUAUGAUGGUGCUGGCCGCGGUGGACGAGGGGGUUCUCAACGUUUCAAUAAAUUCGAAGGACAAGGACCAUCUUCGACAAAUGAAUCAUCUUCGUUUGACCAAGGUGGAGAUGCCUGGAGUAAUGAACAAGGAAGUCGUGGUGGACGUGGACGAGGUGGACCACGACGUGGAAAUUUUGAAGGCGGUCGCGGUAAUUUUGAAGGUGGUCGCGGUAUGGGUGGCGGUCGUGGUCGUGGCCGUGGUGGACGUGGAAAUUUCAAUAACCGAAGUCAAGAAGAAGGUUCACAACAAGAAACAAGUGGCUGGCAACAAACUUCUGAAUCAAAUUUCGACAAUACUCGAUCACAAUCAAAUCGUGAAUUCGAUCAAGAAGUAUCACCAUCAGAACGUCCAUUUGAAGCAGAUAAUACACGACGUAAUGUACGAGGUAAUUAUCGUGGUCGAGGAUUCCGCAAUUACGGUGAUCGUGAAAGUGGUGAAGGUGGCCAAGAAGAUUAUCGAGCAAAUCGUCGUCAAUAUGAUCGUCAACCACGUUCGUUCGUUACUGGUGUUAAACCAAUUGAGAAAAAAGAUGGUGAAGGUGCUCAUAACUGGGGUAAUCCAACAGAAAAUCCAGAAGAACAUCCAAUUUCUGAUGAAAUAACCGAAACAACAGCUCAAACAGCACCAGUAUCAAAAGAUUGGGCACAACAAGUAGAAGAAGCUGAAAAACAAAUGACAUUGGAUGAAUAUAAAAAACAAAUUGAAGCUAAAAAACGCGCUCAUCAAGAAAAAUUACCACAAUUUAAAACACGUGUUGCUGGCGAAGGUGAAGAUCCAAAAUCUUUACAAGUAUUAGGCCAUGAAUACCGUAAAAAAAAUGAUGAUGGAGAAUCUGAAGAAGAAGAAGAAGAAGGAAGUGAUGUUGAAGAAAAUGAAAGUGGUGAAGAAGCUGAAGAAGAACAUAUGAGUGGAAAGAAAAAACUUAUUACAAUUCCACUUCGAUUUAAACCAAUUGAAAUUCCACGUGGUUCAGGUGGCUCAAGAGGUGGACAACGUCGUGGAGGAGGAAAUCGUUUCCGACCAAAUCGUGAUGACCAACAAAGAUCUACUUCACCAAAUCAAGGCCAACCAUUAUCACCCCAACAAUAUGAUGAGUCAUAUCGAGGUGGACAACGUGGUAGUGGUCGUGGUGAAUAUCGUCGUUCUAAUCGUGGUUUUCGUCAAGGAGGUCGUUCAAAUGCUGAUCCAAAUGCACUAUCACUUGAUAAUCCAGAUGAUUUUCCCACUCUUCCAAAACAGUAA